AUGAAAGAAAACAUUAGUAGUUCUUAAAUGGGAACAGUCAACUCCAAAAUCUCUGUUGUAUUGGUGACAUUGUUCUCUACCUUAAGCUUUUCCAAUGCCUCUAUCUUUGAACAAUAUGCAAAAACCUUCAAAAAUAGAAAUGAUGUACUUGGAGAUUUAGCUAAGAUUUAUGAUCAGUUUAAUUAGAUCGCUAAUCCUGAUCAGAGCUUAUCUUAAUUUAGUGAUAUGCAUGGGGAAAAGGUUUAAGAACAUUCAAUUAAGCUCUAACAUUCUGGGCAUUAGGACUCUGAUGAAACUGUAAGUAAUGUUAACUUUGAUACAAUAAUUGAACCUGUACUUGUGGAAGAUUAAACUAAUGAAGAUCCAGACAGUCUUCAAAUUGAAAGACUAGAGGAUCCAGUUUUUUCAACUAAAAGAGGGCAUGAUCAUCUAUCUGAUGAUCCUAAAUUAUUGGAUAGUAGAACUCUCAUAUGGGGAAUCUUAACUUAGCCUCUUAUCGGGAUAUUAAAAUCAAUUGACGAUGAUUCAGUAGCUAAUUUUACUGAAUUUGUACCUGCAGCUCAUGUUAAAUUCAUUGAGCAAACUGGCGCUAAGGUAAUACCUGUCAGUUAUCACAUGGAGAGAGAAAGCAUGUAUUAACUUUUGAAUCAAAUAAAUGGCCUCUACAUUCCAGGAGAUACUCAAGACCUUCUUGAUCAUCAUGAAUAUUAAGUAGCCUUUGGCCAUAUUGUUACUUAUAUGUUCUAAGUAGGCCACGAUAAAAAUCACUACUUCCCAGUUUUUAUGAUGGGUAAUUCGCUUUAGUCAUUCUUAGCAAACAGAAUCAAUGCAAACCCAAUAACAAAAUCAAUGCAAAUCAAUCAAAAUAUGGAACUCAGACUUGUUAGAGAGACAGAUAAAACAUACAUCUUUGAUGAAAUAACUUCAGAAGAUUAAGUUGAUGAAUUCAUUGAAUCAGCCAAAGUCUUUAAUAGACAAAGACUCGGGUUAAAGGUUAGAGAUUUUAACAAAGAAAGCAGAAUAAACAAGAGACUUAAUAUCGUGGCAACAUUUAAAAACCCAAUCAUUCCUUAUUCUAGCAGCCACUCAAUAGCUGAUGAAGAUGAAACCAUUGCAAUUAUUGAAAGCCCAGAUUUCCCGCUUUACUUUAUAACUUACGACGUUCAAUUGACCUAGUUUGUACAUGCCAAUGUAGCUUUGACCGAUAAAAAUGAUAUUGAUCCAAUCGAUCGUACUUAUCAUUCAAGAUCACAUGCUCAAUAUAUUGCUAGACAAAUCGGAUAUGAAGGCAGAAUUAAUUAGCAUUCUUUCAAAAAUAAGGCUGAAAUAUACCCAAGACUUAUCAAUAAUAGAAAGCUAGUUAGUGUUGUUUACUCAAAUAUUGAGGGAGUUUCGGCUAUGCCUAAAUAUUUAGAAACUCAGGAUCUUUAUUUGUUGGGAAAGAGAAAAUGA